AUGGAAGGAAGCGUCUCCAAUGUUACUACGGCAGCUGAACUUGUUCCCUGUCCCACCCCUUCACGGAAAAGAUCUAGAAGGGCUCAGGAUUCUGUUACAGCUUAUACUGUUCAAUGUGACAACUGCUCAAAAUGGAGGUUCAUCCCUACAAAGGAGAGGUAUGAGAAGAUACGAGAAAAAAUAUUGGAACAGCCUUUCCUUUGUGAAACGGCUCGUGAAUGGCGGCCUGAAAUAACAUGUGAUGAGGAACCGGAUCUUGUGAAAGAUGGCAGCUGGCGAUGGGCAAUAGACAAGCCUUGUAUUCCUCAACCUCCUCCUGGCUGGCAACGGAUUUUACGAAUCAGAGCGGAAGGAGGCACAAGAUUUGCUGAUGUGUAUUAUGUUGCUCCAUCAGGCAAGCGAUUCCGAUCUAUGGUGCAAGUUCAGAGUUAUCUGUCUGAGCAUCCAGAAUUCCCGGGUGUAACAACGGCACAGUUCUCAUUCCAAAUUCCUGCACCAAUGGAGGAAAAUUAUGUAAGAAAACGUCGUGCUUGUACUACUGCUUCACAUGAGAUGGGUGAUGAUGAGAUGCCAGUUGAUGCCAAUCCCAUCUCCUGGAUUCCUCCAGACCAGAUUGGAGAUUUUCAUUUUGGUGGGGAAGGGGACUCUCCAGAUGUCGAGACACCAUCUGAAAAUUGGAGGGGGGAAGCUGUAGAGAGUCCUGUGCCUUCUGUCACCAGUUUGUCUGCCGAUAAUCCCAGUGCAGGCAGUGAAUGUAGAGAUCCUACUUCACAACAGAUGCGGAAAUCUAGUUCACAGUAUAGCCUGUAG